AGGUUCACUACCUACUCGGUGAGUCAAAGAUAGAUCGCGCGUUUGACUAGCGCAGUGCGUGUGAACGCUUGGCACCUGCGCAACACAUACGUGAUCACACACAAACAUAGAGUCUCGCGUCGUUUACUAUCGUGAAGUUAAAUGGAGUGAAAUAUAAUGAAUAACGGCAAAAAUAAAAACUUUUUUUGGAAAGGGAAGCGAGUUAGUGAAAAAGUGUAUUAUAAUAGGUUGCGACUGCAGAAAGUCGGCAAAAAUUUGCGGCAAGUUUAUGGUUCCGCCAAGGAAGUUGUUCAUAACCUCAAGCAUAGCGAAUGUGCGAAAAUCGAAGGUCGUCGGAUUAUUCAUCUCAACACUCUAGGAGAACAGCUUUUUUGCUCUAAAUGCAAGAGUAUAUUAUCUAUCUUGGAUAGUGUACAAGAGCAACGUUUUGGUUUAGCGUCGAUUUUCCAUGUAAAAUGUCGCACAUGCGGCAUGCUCAACCAAGUGUCGACGGAUAAAAAGCAUUCAACGACCAAUUCGAUACAAGCUGAAGAUUGUGAAUCAAGCACAAACAAAAGAUUGGACAUCGUUGUGGGUCAUUGCAAUGCAAGUGUCGAAGAGUGCGCUAGACCUAACUGGAGGAAACAUUACGACACCAAUACGAAAGCCGUGAUAGGUGUUCUGAACGGAGGAAUGGGUAACGCCCAUUUGAACAAAUUGUUGGCUUCGUUAAACAUUCCCCCACUUCAUUGGAAGGUUUUUAAAAAUCACGAGGUGGAAGUAGGAGCAGUCGCAGAAAAUAUGGCGAAGGAAAGUUGCGAAGAAGCUGCACUUCAAGAAAAGAGCUUGACGUUCGAGAAUUAUGAGAGGGUUAAAGAAUUGUUGUAAGUAUACGGCAUCAUUUAAGUUACUCGUCUACUUUAGAUGACCAAAGAAAGAAGCAAAUUUUUAAGAUUUCUCUUCUUUGUAAUAACAGUUUUACAGUAAUAUCUGAUAGAGGAGCUGAGAAAAGAAAUCUGAAAAAUUUACUUUUAUUUUAGCCCUCGAAAGUAGACCAGUUCCUUAAAAAUGAAUUGAAAUGAUGGAGAAUCGUGCAUCGAUUUGGUUAUUCACCAAUGUACAAUUAUUCUAUAACGAUUGUCGGUUCUAUCGAAUUUAUAAAUAUGAAAGUGUUUUGUAUAAAAAUUUAUGUACAAAUAUUUUGACACAAUCGAAUUCUGAAUUUAUACAAAUUCAACUUGUAUUUUUUGUUACAUUUUCACUGGCAGCAUUUUUGACAGUCAUUUAAGAUAUUUUGUAAAAGAAGAAAGCACAUUACAUGUAUUGAUAAGUAUGUAUAUGUAUGUUAUAAUUGUGGGAAAAAUAAAUGCCUCCAUUAAUUUGA